AUGUUGGCAAGUAAUGGUUAUACAGGUUUGUUAUUUUUAGUUGGUCUUUACUUUGAAAACCCUAUUAUGGCAACGGUGGCAUUAUCAUGUACAAUAAUAUCAACACUUACAGCGGUAAUAUUAAAAUUUAAUAAAGAGAAUAUAAUGGAAGGGUUAUAUGGAUUUAAUUCAUCAUUGAUUGGAUGUGCAAUGGUAUUUUAUUUAGAAUUGAAUAUUUAUGUUAUCAUUGGAUUUAUAAUGGGAUCAAUUGUAUCCACAUUGUUGAUGGAAUUCUUCCUAAGGAAUAAUUUACCAGCGUAUACAUUUCCAUUCAUUUUCACAACAUGGAUACUAUUAUGGAUUCUAAGGAUACCAGGAAUAACCAAUGCAAAGCCGCCAAGUGACAUAAUCGAUUACCAAGUACUAAUUGACUAUUCAAUGCCUGCGCAUUCAUUUGGCCAAGUUUUAUUCUUGGGUGAUUGUAUUAGUGGGUUGUUAGUAUUGAUUGGUGUUUAUAUAUGGUCGCCAAUCGCUUCACUCUAUGGUAUAAUCUCCACAUUAAUCAGUGCUGGUAUUUCAAAUUAUUUCCUCAAUGUAUCUGGUUCCGAGGUUUCUAUAGAAAGAAUUCACGCUGGUCUAUAUGGAUUCAAUGCAGUUUUAUGUGGAAUAGCUCAAAGUGGUAAAAAACCAAUUGAUGGUAUUUAUGUAUUAAUAUCUUUAAUAAUAUCAACAACAUUUUAUAUAAUGUUAGUUCAAAAUAAUUUUACAUCGUUAACUUUUCCUUUUGUUUUAUCAAUGUGGUUUUGUUGUAUUUUGAAAUUUAUUAUUUCAAAUUAUGAUAAUGAUAAAAUAAAUAAUAUUAUUGGAAAUAAUGGUGGUGGUGGUGGUGGUGUAAAACAAACAAAAGUGUAUAAAAAUUUUAAAUUUGUUUUGAAAAAAGUUUCAAAAUUAAGAAAUAGAAGUAAACAAAAUGGGAAAUUUAAAAAUUCAACAACAAUCAACAAUAAUGAUGACGAAAAUGAAUUUGCUUUAAAAAAUAUAAUAGUACCAACAACAAAUAAUAAUAACAUAUUGUUAAAUAUUAUUUAG